CUUGCUUGGUUGGUUUAUGAUAAAAUAAACAAAAAUGUCUCUCUUUUCUCUUUUUCAGUUUUCCGUCUCGAAGUAAUCGAAUCUCGAAAACCCCAUCUGAGCUAGAACAAAAGAAAAGGAAAAAAGAAAUGUCGCCGCCAGCAGCAGCAGCGGUAGCGGCAGCGGGCGGAGGAGGAGGACAGCCUCAGCGGCAGCAGCAACAAGGUGGAUUCGGACAGAGCAUAACCGGAAUCAUAAGGAUCGCCGUCUUCUGGUACUUCGCUUCCAAAUUCUUCUCUCCCAAAAAGCCCGUCGAUCCUUCUAACCUCAUCUCCAAUCUCUUCCAGAAGGGCGAACCCCUGGAUAUGUGGUUGUAUCUUUCUGAGCACCAAAGGUUCAAUGACUUUGGGAACGAAGCUUCUCUUGUUUGGCAUGAAACUAAUAUACCUUAUGCCACUUGGGGUCCUGAAAGCACUCGUACUCUUUCUUUAGACUACCAUCCUUCCGAUACCUUGAAAAACAAUGGCAGUCUUUAUGCUCAUGUUUUCUUUGCUCGCUCGGGUUACCCUCCAGAUCCAAAUGACCCUGAAUACCAGCCUCAAGCUGCCUUUGGGAGGACUCACCCUGUGGUGAAAUAUUUGCCCAAGUCAAGAUCAGAUAAGAGGAAAAGUCUUCUUGGGAACUCCAAGGACGGUGAAGUGUUUGAACCUGAGCCACAGGUGGCUGAUGAUACUGAAGCUGACUCUAAAGAUGAGGGCCCUGUUGAAUGGAUUUCUUAUUGGAAACCAAAUAUUACCAUUAACUUGGUUGAAGAUUUUACAAGAUAUGCGCAUAAUGCUGUACCACCAAAUAUUGCUCCUUACUUAAAUAUUGAUCCUAGUCAAGGAAAUUACUAUCCUACCAUCUCCUUCAAUGAGUUUUGGUUACUUAGAGAUAAGUUGAUUGCAAUCAAUGAGACAGUGACAGUAUUACCUCUCAAUUUGGAGGUUGGACCCAUAAGCAUGAUGAAGUGGCAACUAUUCAUGCAGAUUGACCAAUCAUUCCAAAUUCAUCGUAGUUAUGGCAGCAUGGUUGAAGGCGAGGCUGAUGAACUUAAGAGGGUCUUCCUGGAAGGAAAUCCGUACUUGCUAGUGAUCACAAUGGUCGUUUCUUUGCUUCAUUCUGUGUUUGACUUCUUGGCUUUCAAGAAUGAUAUCCAGUUUUGGAACAAAAAUAAGUCUAUGGAAGGAUUGUCUGCAAAGUCUGUUGUGGUGAGCUUUUUGUGUCAGCUUAUAGUUUUCCUCUAUCUACUCGAUAAUGAGACCUCAUGGAUGAUACUGGCAAGUUCUGGAAUUGGUUGCUGCAUCGAGUUUUGGAAGAUAGGGAAAGCAAUGCACAUAGAGGUCGAUAGAACCGGAAAGAUACCUAUGUUGAGGUUCCGAGAUCGUGAUUCAUAUGCAAGCAAUAAAACUAAGGAAUAUGAUGAUAUAGCAAUGAAGUAUUUGUCCUACGUGCUCUUCCUCCUUGUUGCAGGCUUUUCUAUUUACUCCCUUAUGUAUGAGCGCCAUAAGAGCUGGUAUUCUUGGGUUCUCUCUUCACUCACAAGCUGUGUCUACAUGUUCGGUUUUAUUAUGAUGUGCCCUCAACUUUUCAUAAACUAUAAGCUUAAGUCUGUGGCUCAUUUACCUUGGAGGCAGAUGACUUAUAAGUUCCUCAACACCAUCAUUGAUGAUCUCUUUGCAUUUGUCAUAAAAAUGCCAACACUUCAUCGACUUUCUGUCUUCCGUGAUGAUCUUAUAUUUUUAAUCUAUCUGUACCAGAGGUGGGUAUAUCCUGUGGAUAAGAAACGAAUAAAUGAAUUUGGUUUCGGGGGUGAGGAUGAGCAGACGCCUAGCAAUACAGAUAUUACUACUGCCAAAGAAGAUGAGAAGAAAACCAACUGAGCUUGGUUUGAUUGUUCUUUUUCCCGUUAGUUUAGCUUUAGCAACUUUGUAGUGCAAAGAAACGCAAAAUUCCAAGACGAAUACUUUUCGUGUGGUUGCUUUAGAAAAAUAUGCAGGAAAGAAAGAGACAGAGAAGGUUCGAUAACAGACCGAUGCCUUCUCAUCAGGAUUGCUAUAGAAAGAAUGAAAGUACAAACAGUUUAAGAACCUUGGUCUCAGAAUUGUGGUACCAUGUGAAGCUGGCUAACAUGGUUGUAUCAAGAUCUUCUCUUUUCCUUAUUUUAUUUCAUUAUAUCUGAUUAAUUUGUUUUUGGCAUUUUGACUCUGUAGAAUGAGUUGAAUUACUUGUUCCUUCUAGGCUGGUUUUUAUUUUUGUGGCAGGUUUAGUGAUUUCAAGGUCUAGUUUGAUAUGUUAAUUAUGAUUGGCUUUUGCAAUAAAACAAAAAAGGAAUUAUGAUAA